AUGGGUAAGAAAAUAGUGGCCGAAUGCAAUGACCUAUUCGAGAGUUUCGCCCAUUCCGACAUUGACCAUCGCGCCAUCGAUAGGACUUCUAUUCCUGUUUCUAGUACUUCCUCGGCCGGUCGAGGAGUACACCAAAUUAGCUUGGAUACAUUGAUGGUUACGGCGAUGGAAAACCUUGAGAGAAGGCUAACCAAUAGGAUGAACGAUUUAGAGAAGAGGGUCGAUAGGUGUGAGGUGUGUAGAGGGGGUCACGAUACCAUAGAUUGCCCUACACUCACGGUUGAGCAGGUAGAGUUCAUAGCCAAUAGAGGUCCAACAAACCCUUUUAACAAUUCAAAUUUAGGGUCCAAUUGGCGUAGUAACACCUUCCAUCUUCCGGUAAUCCCCCCGAUUUCCAAUCAGGUUCAAAUCAAAACAGGGGGGCAGGGUUAUUAUUCUAGUGGGGGUUCGAAUCAACAGGUUCAGUUUGGUAGUUCAGGAGAUCAGUUCAAUAGUGGGGGGUCAAACAGUCAAGGUUCAAACAACCAAGACUUGGGUAGUGGUCUAGAUGAGAUUAAAGCUAUGUUAUCCCAAAUACUAGUUGAGAAUCAAGCAAGUGAAAGGACCUUAGAGGCCACUCAAAGAACCCUAGAGGACCAUGCCGUAUUUUUAAAGAACAAUCACUCCAACUUUUUGGACCUUCAAAGGAAAGUCAGUGACAUAGAUCGUCAAUUGCAAGAAAGGUGUUCCGGUCAGUUCUCGGGUAACUCCCAACCCAACACAGUCAAUCAUCAUGUUAAAGCUAUAUCUACUAGGUCGGGUCUAGAGUUAAGAAAGGUUGGUCCACCACCGGUUCGAGUAGAGGAAGAGGAGCCGAUGGAUGACGAGAUAGAGCUAGAGGCACCUCCACUAGAAAAGAGUGUUAGGAGUCCGGUUAAGAUAGUUAGACCGAGUCCUGAGAUUGAUCAUGCUCGUGCUCCUUAUCCUGAACGUUUAAAGAACCAAAAAUUCCUAGACAUGUUCAAACAAUUUCAGAUCAAUCUACCGUUAAUCGAAGCCCUCAAGCAUAUACCGAAAUAUGAUAAGUUCUUAAAAGAAAUCCUAAAAGGGAAAGAUAAGUUAGAGGAAAUUUCGAAUGUUUCCUUGAAUGUCGAAUGCUCUGUCGUGGUCAUGAACAGCCUACCGGAGAAACUAACAGAUCCGGGUAUCUUCAUGAUCCCGUGUUUGUUUGGUGGUGAUGUUCAGAACCACACAUUGGCCGACCUUGGUGCUAGUAUUAAUUUGAUGCCAUAUUCAUUUUAUGAAAAACUAGGCCUUGGUGAUCUAAAAUCCACUCGUAUGACCCUAUCUUUAGCGGACAAAACGGUUAAGUAUCCCCGGGGAAUUGUAGAGAAUUUGUUAGUAAAGGUCGAUAAGUUUGUCUUCCCAAUGGACUUCGUAGUACUAGACAUGGAAGCCGAUGAAAACAUACUGUUGAUUUUAGAACGUCCAUUCUUGAACACAUCCAAAGCUCUAAUAGAUGUCUACUUAGGCACUAUCACACUUCGAGCGGGGGAGGAGUCGGUAGUUUUUAAGGUUACCAAAUCGAGAGGGUCGAAUGAUAGAGUGGAGGCAGUGGUGUCAGUAGGGAAGAGUGGGAAAGAUAUGAGAAGUGAGAAAGAGGUGGUAAAUGGUCCUAGUCUAGAGGAAGCGAUAGGACCUAAGUGUGGGGAUCCACCUGAUAGGAGAGUUGAGGAUUUAGAAAAGAGGGUAAAAAGGUGA